AUGUCUUCAGCACCUGCCACCCCCAGAACGCCGAAGGUCGUGCAAAGAGUGGUCCCUGAAAAGACCAUCCUCAAUUUCGACAGCAACGAAACUUACGUCGAAGAUGAUGACGACACCUUCAUGCACCAGAGCUCAAUGAUCCUGGAGUACCUGGAUGUCCUGGAAGACACCACCCCAGACGACACCAUCCAAGACGAGCUUCUGAACUUGCUCACGGAAGAGUCUACCGUCGAGGUUCCUGCUGAAUCCAACACCAAAGAGGAGCCAGUUGCAGACGAAAAGCCUGCGCUUGAAUCAAUCAUCCUAGCCCAAACCUCCGAGUUCCGCAAGUUCCUUGUCAAGCACGAGGUGGUCAGAAAGCUCCUCCACUCGUCCAUUGGUGUGUUCACCUUGUGGCUCUACACCUUGGGCGUCCACCAGACCCAGAUCAUCCUUCCGUUGGCAACGUUGUUUGCCGUGAUCUUCACCAAUGACUACAUCAGAUUCCAGAACCCCGAAUUGAACCGCAAGGUGGUGAAUACCAUGUGGUUCUUGAUCAGAGAGAAGGAGGUUAACCAAUACAACGGUACCUUGUGGUACUUGGUGGGGCUCAUGAUCGUGUUUGCUUUGUUCCCCAAGGAUAUCUCUUUGAUGAGUGUGUUGUUGUUGAGUUGGGCCGAUGUGUCUGCUUCUACCAUCGGUAGACAGUUUGGCAAGUACACUCCCCAGAUCACUGCUGGGAAGUCUGUUGCUGGAUCAUUGGCUAGUUUCGUCACCGGUGUCUUCAGUUGUUACUUGCUCUACGGCUACUUCAUCCCAAACUACAACGUCAACGAGCCAAAGGAUAUCUUGUGGUCCGAGUCCACCAGUCAGUUGAACUUCCACGUGUAUGCAUUAUUGAGUGGAUUCAUUGCUAGCGCAUCCGAGUUCAUCAACCUCUGGAAUAUUGACGAUAACUUCACCAUCCCUGUUUUAAGUGGUUUCUUCCUCUACGGAGUCGCCAAGGCAUUUGAAGUUUAG